CAAGCGACAGGAAAGUACCUAACACGCGUGCUGUAGACGAGAAACGUUCAGUCGAGACAGAGCUCAUCCACGGGUUAGUUGAUUUUUUCUCAUCCAACAAACAAAAUGGCCGAUUUACCAAAACGUGAUAUUGAAAAUGUCGAAUUCGUUUUCGAAAUCAUGGGCUCUCCCGGCGUGGGCAUUGAUGCCGUCGAUCUAGGUGAUGCCCUCCGUGCUCUCAACUUGAACCCAACCUUGGCGUUGAUCGAGAAAUUGGGCGGCACCAAGAAGCGCAAUGAGAAGAAAAUCACCUUCGAAGAAUUCCUCCCCAUCUACUCACAAGUUAAGAAGGAGAAGGACCAAGGUUGCUACGAAGAUUUCAUUGAAUGUUUGAAAUUGUACGACAAAGCCGAGGACGGCACCAUGCUCUUGGCUGAAUUGCAACACGCCCUCCUGUCACUUGGUGAGCAAUUGGAUGAUGAACAAGUUGAGACACUGUUCGCCGACUGCAUGGACCCCGAAGAUGAUGAAGGCAUGAUUCCAUACUCCCAGUUCAUCCAAAGAAUGAUGAGCGAUCCAGUUGUCUUCGACUAAACGCAUUUCUUGCCAGAAUGUGUGAUAGACCAGAUCAGCUAUAAAAAUACCAACAACCAGUUAUAGCAACAACCAUUCUCCAUAGAUGUUUUAUUCAUCUCUCUCUCUCUCUUAUAUAUUUAUUUUAAAUUAAAUUUUUAAUUUCUCUGCUUAUAAAUACACUUAAUUGUACUGCGAACGUGGUGCAAUUACUUUUGAAGAAGGCAUAUAUUAAAACAAAGCAAACAAAACUCAAAACAAAUGAUGAAGAACUUAAAACAAUUUUUAAAUUAUGUAUAUAAAAAAAGUUAAACCAAAAAAAAAAAACUAAAAUUAGAAAAUAAUUUUGUUGUUCAUUUAUUUAAUUUUAAUUACAUGAAAAACGUAUUUAAUAUAUAGUAAAACAAUAUAUUAAUAUAUAGAAUGUCGUGAAGUAACAGCGAACACGACAAAGCACGAGUGGCCAACGUUACGAAAAGGACUUAAAGCAAUGUACUUGUUACUACCUAUAAUAAAAUCACUUGGAAACGGAUAACAUGAA